AUGUCGGCCAGAUUGUCAACGGCCUCCUGUGCGGUCGGCCGUGUGUGGCGCCCUCGGUUGGCACCUGUGGCAGGAAGGCGCUGCGGCCUGCGCUGUGCGGCAAUGGCAGGCAGCAAUCCAAAGUACUACCUUUUGCACUACACCUACGUGCCAGACAUUCUGGAACGAAGGGACCCAUUCAGGGCCAAGCAUUUGGAACAGGCACAACAAGAAGUGGAGAAAGGGAGAAUCCUCUUGGCUGGAGCUUGUGGAGAUCCUGUGGAUGGUGCAGUUUUUGUAUUCCAGGACAUGAGUCCAGAGGAGAUUGAAGAAUAUGUGAAACGAGACCCCUAUGUUGUGAACGACUUGGUUCCAAGCUGGUCUCUGAAGCCAUACCAUGUUAGCAUUGGCCCGAAAUCCUCACAAUGA